GGCUCACUCCAGCACAUCACCAGACAAGCCUCGGUGGCACGCAGUGGUGAUGUAUGUCGAUGGUUGUCUACAUAGUACCCCGCAUCCCACGUUGAUCCUCCUUCUCCGCACCGUGAGAACACUCCUCCCGAGGCUGCAACGACAAGGACUCCAGUCGAUUAUCAUUAUUACACCGAAGAUCUCUCAUCUCCAGAUUCAAUAACAAAUCGACUUUGCGGACUGGGCUGUCAACAAUAUACAAUUCGAAGCACAAUGCCUUUUGAAUCACCUCACCCUCCAAUUGAUCUCCCGCCCAAAGAAUCAAUCUGGUCCUUCUUCUUUGAAUCUUCUCACAGCCCUCUUUCUCAAAACCCUCUGCCUUCACCACUCUCUGGAUAUCUGGAUGCUAGUACAGGUCGCUCGUUGUCCUAUCUCGAUGUCAAGACAAAAGCUACAGCUCUUUCCACUUCUCUUAUCAAGAACCAACACUUCAAGCCGGGAGAUACAGUGAUCUUGUUCUCGCAGAACUCAAUCUGGUAUCCUGUAGCCAUGUUUGCCAUCCUUAGAGCUGGGGGUAUAGUUAGUGGUGCUAGUCCUGCUUAUGGUGUAGAGGAAAUGAGUUAUGCAUUAAAAACUUCUGGGGCGAAAUUUUUGAUGACGCAUCCUGAGAGAUUGGAUGUUGCGCUCGAAGCUGCAAAGUCGGUGGGUAUCUCUAGGGAUAGUAUUUUCUUGCUUGAGGGGAAGCAGGAGGGGUUCAGGAAUGUGGAGGAGUUGAUUGAGGGAGCGAGUAGUGGUGAGCAGGUGCCAGCGUGGAAGGGUGUUCAGGAAAAGGGUAACAAGAAUGUUUGUGCUUUCUUGAGCUUUAGUUCGGGCACGACGGGACUGCCAAAGGCUGUCAUGAUAUCGCACCAGAAUGUUAUUGCACAAUGUCUUCAGAUGAUUCAGAUCACUCCGAAACUCGAACGAGUCCUCGCUGUUCUGCCUCUCUUCCACAUUACCGGCUUGGUGCACAUCCUGCACCUGCCAAUUUUGUUGAACGCGCAAGUUAUCAUGCUACCUUCAUUCUCGAUGCCGACUAUGCUCUCCACCGUUAUCAAGUACAAGAUCAAAGAACUGCUUCUCGUACCGCCUCUUCUCAUCAGGCUCGUUCGCGAUCCGGAAGUUGAUAGGCACGAUCUCUCCCACAUCGAGCGCUUUAGUUCGGGCGCCGCUCCUCUGAGCGAAGAGAUCCUGCAGCUUCUGCAAAAGAAGUUUCCAAACACUGGCUUCAAGCAAGGCUAUGGCAUGACAGAGUCUUGCUCAUGCAUCACUGGUCACCCACCUUCUCACUACUCCUACAAAUAUGCUCAUGCGGUGGGGCAAAUCGUGCCUUCGACCUCGGUCAAGAUCAUCAAAGAAGACGGCACAGAAGCCGGCAUCAACGAACCAGGCGAGAUUCUCGCCCGAGGUCCUCAAAUCACAAUGGGCUACCUGAACAACAGCAAAGCCACAGCCGACACCUACGACAAAGAAGGCUACCUCCACACCGGCGACCAAGGCAGCAUAGACGCUCAAGGCCUCCUAACCAUCACCGACAGAAUCAAGGAAAUGAUAAAAGUCAACGGCCACGCCGUCGCUCCUGCAGAACUGGAAGACCUACUCCUCGGCCACUCUGCCGUUGAAGAUGUCGCCGUCCUUGGUAUUCCUGACGCCAUGGCCGGAGAAGUGCCAAAGGCUUUUGUAGUUGUGAAAGCCGAGUUUCAGGAUAGAGAACAGGAAGUAGGGAAGAAGUUGUUGGAGUAUGUUAAGGAGAAGAAGAUUCGGUAUAAAUGGUUGAGCGAGGUGGAGUUUGUGGAUGUUAUUCCGAAGUCGCCGUCGGGGAAGAUAUUGAGACGGGUGCUCAAGGGUAGGAAGAAGAAUGGCGAAGUUGGUAUUCUGGUCAAGGAAGUUGGCAAAGCGAAGGCUAAACUGUAAGAUAAUUGGGAAAAAUGUCGUGUUUUUGCUGUCCUUCUCCACGAUAGCGAUGUUAAAUAUCCUUGAAGCUCGUGUUGA